GAAGAACGCCACGCCGCCCACAAACAUCGUCUCUGAAAUUGUGUUAAACCUUAAAACUUAAAACACAGCCGGCGGCGAUGAGGAGUAAGCCAAACAUACUAGUCACCGGUACACCGGGGACAGGGAAGACUACGACGUCGGCGGCGCUGGCCGAGGCAACUAGUCUACGCCAUAUCAACAUCGGCGACCUUGUUAAGGAUAAGAAGUUGCACGAUGGUUGGGACGAUCAACUCGAAUGCUACAUCGUCAAUGAAGAUCUCGUUUGUGAUGAACUUGAGGAGAUAAUGGAAGGUGGAGGGAACAUCGUUGACCACCAUGGUUGUGACUUCUUUCCUGAACGGUGGUUUGACCGUGUGGUGGUGCUCCAAACGGAAAACUCAAUUCUUUACGAUCGUUUGACCAAAAGGGGUUAUAGUGGUGCAAAACUUACAAACAACAUUGAAUGUGAAAUCUUUCAAGUUUUGUUGGAGGAAGCUAAAGAUAGUUACAAAGAGGAGAUUGUUGUGGCAAUGAAAAGUGAUUCAGUUGAUGACAUGAACAGUAAUGUAGCCACCAUAACCGAGUGGGUUAGAACCUGGAGCUCCACGAAUUGACCCGAAUGGUGUAAAAUUUUCUUAUGUAAGAAAAAAGUAUCUCAUGUUCCAUGGAUUUUAAUGACUUAUGAUUCCCGAAAGAUGGUUUUACAUGGUGUAAUGGUUAUUGUUCCUCUUUAGGUCAAAAAGAAUAGAAGAGGCUUGGAAAUCUAUUUAAAUCAA